AUGGCGGCGGAGGAGGCUAGGAAGAAACGGGAGGAGGAGAUGACACGGAUGGUCCAGAGUCAGCAACGACAGAAUGAUAUGGACUUCGUGUUGUUAAAGAAAAAAAAAAGGAAAAUAAUGGGACAUAAUUUAGAGACAAGAUCGGUAAUGGAUGAGGUUAGGAGCUACGACGAUAAUAGUGUUGUCGGAGGUUUAGUAGAUUUUGGACAUCCUCUUAUUAAUCGGAUUGCUGGAACUUUUGUUACUGCUGCUGGUAUUGGUGCAGUUCAGGCGGUUACACGGGAGGCAUAUUUUACUGCCCUCGAGACUGCAAGCGGAGACAAAACUGGUAUCAGUAGCCCCAAGAAGCACAAUCCUUUCCGAGGUCUUAGGGGAGAAUCCAACAGCAGUUCCAUUGAAGGCUUGGUGAAGGCCACAGGGAAAGAAUCUAUACAAUGGGGUUUGGCUGCUGGAGUGUAUUCUGGUCUUACUUAUGGCUUUAAGGAAGCUCGAGGUGUUCAUGAUUGGAGAAACAGUGCGGUGGCAGGAGCAAUGACGGGUGCUGCUCUGGCUCUAACAUCAGACAAUUCUUCACAAGAACAAAUUGUGCAAUUUGCCAUCACGGGUGCUGCUGUCUCUACAGCUGCAAAUAUUCUCACUGGGAUAUUCUAGCCUCGUUCUCUUUCCGAGUACGGAGUAUACUGUAUUUGGAUCGUGUUUUCC